AUGUCAGAUCCACUUGGCCCAUCAAAGAUAUGGGGCAAUGUGCUCAAGUUGGGCAUUGUAUUGCUCACAUUUCUAUUGAUAACAUCGACGAUAAUAGUAGUUGGACGUAUAUUUAGAAGAAGUCAUCAGAGAAAGAAACUAAAGGUGUCAUUGCGUGUAAAGGCUGAGAUCUAUCUGGCCUAUACACAUCUUGGCGAGUUGAUUGAGUUCACUCAGGUGUUCCUAUCAGUCUUCUCCGUCGUACUAUUCAUCUAUGGCACGUACAUCGAGGACAAGGUGCCACCAACUUGGUACAUCACACUUGAGAUCUCACUAAUGGUCUUCUUCUGCAUGCAUUGGGCACUCGACUUCUUCCUCUCAAAGGACAAACUGCGAUACUUAUUCUCAUUCUUCUCGAUCGUCGACUUGAUCACUAUAUUCCCGCUACUGAUUGAUAUUGUUCAGGGCAACGUACAUAACAUAUUGCGAUCCUUCCAAUUCCUAAGAGUACUUCGUGUACUACGCAUUCUACGUCUAUCCAGAGUGCUUCACUACUUCAAGAAUGAGGUUGCCAAGUACACAUUCAAAGCAUUCAUUGUAGUCUUUACAUUUAUCAUUGUCCUGGCUGGAUUCUACAUGAACAUUGAGACCAAUCCAGGCAGUAACAAACCACUUCAGUUCCAUCAGACAGUAUACUUCCUUGUAGUCACAUUGGCAACAGUUGGUUAUGGAGACAUUUACCCAACCACUGCAUUGGGACAAGUUACAAUCACCCUCGCCUUGUCGAUUGGCGCCGGUGUUCUGAUACCCUAUCACGUGUCCAAACUCAUGGAGAAGUUACAACAAGACUCUCCAUUCAUGAGGAACCUGUCAUCGACUGGAGUAUCUGGACACGUGUUCUAUUGUGGCGACUUCUCAUUCACUCACUUUGUCGACUUCUUGGCCGAGUUCUAUCAUGAACGACAUGGUAGACUAAAGAAGGAGAUUGUGCUACUCUGCCCCAACCCACCAGAUGACAAGCUCAAGUCACUGCUUCUGAAUCCAUUCUAUAAGAAGCGUCUGAUCUAUUUGCAGGGCUCACCAUUGUUUGAGCAGGAUCUGGACAGGACCAAGCUGACCAAGGCCGACUCAUGCUUCAUUGCCACACCACCCUCCUGGCAAAUACAAGGUGACACAGACAACAUACUCUGCUCCUACGCCGUCAGGAGUUUGAACAAGAAUCUCAACAUCUACUCCAACCUAAUCUCGUCCAAGAACAAGAACAAGGCAACAUUCCUCCGUGGAACAAUGUGCAUGGAGGAGUUCAGAGGAGCAAUGCUGGCACAAUCCAUCAUUUGUCCAGGCUACAACGUAUUCUUUGCCAAUCUCUUCACCUCACGUAUCAUCCCCAGCAUUGUCCAAGUCAAGUGGCUAACUGAAUAUUACUAUGGAUGUAACAACUCUAUAUUCACUAUCAAGGUACCAGACUUCCUUGUUGGACUUGCUCUGACUGAUGUGAUACUGUCAUUGUACUUUGGAAGUGCUUGUAUGCUCAUUGGACUGUUCAUACCAAAGGACUCGAGCGAGAUAAAGGGAAGGUUCUACUUGAACCCACCUGGCACCACGAUCAUGUCCCAAUCAAUGACAAUGGUGCUCAUCUCUCAUAAUGUACUAAAGACGACGACAGAGGCCAAAGAGAUGCGAAGCGAGAUCAACGAGAACACAUUCACCAGACGAGUUGGCCGAUUCUUGAAUCGUCUAGCGGCGCCCGACCUCGAGCUGCUUGUCGACGAGGACGACCAUCAGGAACAGGACCAGAUCAUCAACGAGUCACUGCGAUCGUUCAUCCGAGACACGUCGCGAUCCAAGAAGCCCAAGCCUGCCAUUAUUCUCCAGAAGCGCAUUGCAGAGUUGGACAAGCAAGGCAUCUUUGAGCUCAGAGAGGAGGUGGAGGAUGAGUUGACGCCCAAAGACCUCAUCAAGAACCUGUGCAUUGCAGAGUAUGGAGGUGACUGGAUUGCCUUCCUAAGUGACCUCUCUUCACAAAAGACCAACGAUCCUCACAUUGAGAAGAUACACGAGAGGAUUAAGUUUAUCAUCGACAAACAUUCAUUGUUGACAUUCACAUUGCAUGGAAAGUACAAUCAGGACGGCGCCAAACAGAUGAAGAAGCACUUGCUCAUCGUUACCAAGUCGCUGAAGGGAUUGGAGCUGCUCAUUCAUCACAUUCGAUUGCCCUACGUGACGUCUCUCACGUCCAAGACAACCAAGGGCCGCAUCCAGCCCAUUGUCGUGCUGUACAAAGAGGAGCCAGAGGGCGGCGAGUCGUGGUUCGACACGACCAAGCAGCUGCCACUGAUCGCCUAUAUCAAGGGAACGGCGUCCAACCAGUCGGACCUGAACAAGUGCGGCGCCAAGAAUGCCGAAACCAUCAUCAUCACCUCCAACCCGUACGAGAAGUGUGACCAGACUCAGAUCGACUCGUUCACACUGAUGUCGUACGUUGACAUUGCCAAGGUCAACAGCUCGGCCAAGAUCAUCACCGAGCUGCUACACGAGCCCAACAUCCGCUUCCUCGAGAAGGACAUGGUGCGUGGUGGCGCCAGCAAGCUGCAGACCUACCUCCAGGCCAACAAGAACCGUGACAUCAAGCCCGACUACUUCCAAACGCCAAACUUUGCAAACGGCUGCGUCAACACAUACGCCGUGCUCGACAGUCUAAUGGUGCAGGCACACUACAACGAAGACAUCACCACCGUUGCCAAAGAGUUGGCGUUUGGUGUCAAUGGACUCUACCAGAACCAUCACGUCCUUGGACUCAACAACCUAAUGACCAACGAGGAGUCCAAGUGUUACUCACAGCUUCUGCCCAUUCCACAGUCAUAUCAUGAGAGAAACUUUGGUGAGCUUGUCAAGAACUAUCUUUUGCAACAGAACAUACUUAUUGUUGGACUGUUUAGGUCGAAGGAACCGAUGGGCGCACCUAUGCCCUAUGUCUACACCUGUCCACAUCCAACAACCAUUUUACAUGAGAAUGAUAGAAUGAUUGCAUUCUCAACCCAACCAUUAUAA